AUGCCCGCGCAGCCCUCACUGAUUCUGCGACAGCCACAGCCUCUGGAUGUGGCUGCCAUUGAGGAUGACGAGAGGCUGAACGCUAUCGUGGAUUCAGCCACCUCUGAAGGCCGCACCACGCCGCGCCUGGGGCAUUCUCUAGAAGGAUCACCACAGGAUGCCUUACAAGACUCUGAUGACUCGGCCCUGGCUGCCUUGAUGGGCAAGCCAUCCGCGCAGCAUCUCACUGGCAGUGUCAAGACCGGCGGAGUCCUAGCACGGCUGGGGGAUGACAUGCGCCUUACUGGGCUGCUGGGGCCCACAGAGGCGGGGAGAGAAGCAACAGCUUACCUUCGAUCCUGUGAUGGCACCCAGCUCCGGUCUACACUGGCAUUGAUGAAGGAGCACCGCUGUGAGCUUGAUGCCUUCCAAUGCUCUGCUGCGCUCACGGCCUACAGAGUCGCUAAGAUGUGGCAGGAGGCCCUGGACCUCUUCUCUAUGGAGCCCAUGGCUCUGCAGAGCACGGUGUGCUGCAACUCCGCCUUGGGCGCUUGGGCGUUGGGAAGCCACUGGUCAGAGGCCCUGGAGCUCCUGGGGCGAUGCAGGGGCGAUGUGGUGAGCUGCAGCUGUGCGCUCAGCGCGUGUGCGAAGGCCCACGCUUGGCAGGCCGCGCUGGCACUCAUGCAGGAGAUGAUGGCGAAGGAGCUGCAAGCCGACGAGGUUUGCUACAACACCCUGAUUGCCGCUUGUGGUAGAGGUGGGCAGUGGCUUCUUGCACUAGAAGCUCUUCAAGAGUUGAUGCAGAAGAUGCACCCCAGCAAUGCCAGCUUUUCCUCGGCCAUCAGCGCCUGCGAAAAGGCCUUCCGCUGGGAGCAGGCCUUGGUGCUUUUAGAGGCACAGCCGAGGCCGCAGCUGAGUGCUGUAAACGCGGCGAUCAGCGCUUGUGAGAAGUGCAGCCGCUGGCAAGAAGCCUUGCUGCUUUUUGAGGGGAUGCCGCGGAGGCAGCUGUCACCAGACAGGAUCAGUUUCAACGCGGUGCUCCGUGCCUUGCCUUGGCGCCUAAGCCUCAGCUUGCUGGCGCAGAUGCCGUUGAGCCGUGUGGACCCGGAUGGCGCCACGCUGAACACCGUCAUCUCGGUGUGCGAGAAAGCAUUGCAGUGGCAAGUGGUUUUGGAGCUGCUGCAGCUGCGCGGCCGAUCCUCGCAGAAUGCAACCGACUUGCACCAUGAAGCUUGGCGCCUAGCACGGCAGCCGCCCACGGCUCGCGCGGCACGGGCGGCCCGAGCUUUGGCACGGAGCUGUCGCGGCCGCGCGAAGGCCUUGGGCCCCAAGGAGCUUGUGUCCCUUUUGCGAUCCUUUGCCUCGAUGCUCGUCACCGAUCACCACUUGCUGGCAGAAGCAGAGGAGGCCCUAGCAGACAAGCUUGGAGGCGGCGUUCUCCAAACCCAGGAGCUGGCAAAUCUGGCCUGGGCUUGCUCAAUGUCAACGUCCACCUCAUCAGGCUCCAUGCUGCAAGUGCUGCAAGACGCGCUAGUGCAGCGAGGUAGCGCUCUCUUGCAAGACUGUGCGGCCACGGUUCGCAGGGAUCCUCGUGCUCGUGACUUUGCUGAAGGAAUGCUGGGAGUAGUUUGGUCUUUGCACUUUGCCGAUUUGCUGAGCCCGCAGUUCUUGAACUUCGCCCGGGCUGCUUUGCAUCGCCUGUGCCCGGAAUUCGGGCUGCCAGCUCCUGGUCAUUUGUACAUGUGGAGGUCAGUGUCUAGCCCACAGCUGCUGAUGGAGGCGCAGGACACCUUGGUGGUGCUGAAGCCGGCAGGCUGGCAGGUGGACGACGCCAGUGGCCCCAUCUCCGAAGACGUUUGCCGAUUGUCUGGAUUCGUUCAAGGGAUGGCGCCAUUGCGCCGCUUUCCUUUGCUAGGUGAUGAUGCCUUCGGCCAUGGCUUCCUGCACAGGCUGGACGUCCCUACGUCAGGCCUCAUACUGGUGGCCACGAACCACAGGUCAUUCUACGAUUUGCGCCUACAGUUGGCCAGUGGCUCCCUGCUUCGGGACUACACCGUGCUUUGCCACGGCUUUGUGGCACGCCACAGUGUGCGGGCGCCCGUGCACUGGUGGACUGACGGCCGAGAUGCCAGCAGUUCAGUUGCAAGGGCCCUCAGCUUACUAGGGAUCCGCAUUGGAACGGGCCGGAAGCACCAGAUCAGGGUGCAUUUGGCCCAUGUGGGCCACGCAGUGGUCCGCGAUGGAAGAUAUUCAUCGCAGUCCACCCACCUGGCCGAUGCUUGGUGCCCCCAGAACUUUUUGCACCGAUCCAGCCUGCGCUUUACAGCAGGCAGGUACAUCCAGGUUGCAGAGCUCAGCAGACCCUUCGACAAAGCCGCGGAGGUGCUGGGGAAGAUUUCCCAGCUUCGCUCUGAGCGCGAUCAGCGGAACAAGGACCUUGAGAUUCUGCAUGACAUCUUGGGCCCUGGACCAUCUCCAUCUCCGUCAAAGUCAUCAAGGCCCGGGAGGCCGCAGAUUGUGUUGCGUGCUCGCAAGGUUCCCGUGGUGGCACUGAGAUACCAACAUCUGCAGCCGGGCUCGUUGUGCUACUUUGCUGCCAUUGGCGAUGCUACAAGUGUCCAGUACCUCUUGCAGCAGGCCGAGAGAUGUGCAGACGAUUUCUUUGUGAACAGUCCGGACUCUCGACGUUGUACAGCGCUUCACCACGCUGCCUUCAACGGGUCCGCGGAGGUAACGGAAGCUUUGCUGCAAGCUGGCGCGGACACGCUGCUACGUGAUGCUGAGGAUCGCACGCCGCUCCAUGUCGCAGCCUCCCGGGGCCAGGUUGAGGUCGCGCGGCUUCUUAUCGGUACUGCAGUUUACAGGCUGCGUGUCGCUGCGAUUCGAAGCUUCCAGCAAAACCGCAUGGCGCCGGUCGAGCUUUGGGAAGAUCCUCAGCUGGCUGUGCAGCGAGCAGCACGGCAGGCCUUGGUCGAUUACCUUCGAGGGCUUGAAGAUCUUUGGCGCACACUGGUGCUGGCUGAGGACCGGCACCAGUUCACCUGCCUCCACUAUUCUAUCCGAGAUGCUUACGCUGGCUGCUUCCAAGUCUUCAGGCUACUGCUUACUUCUUGCUUCGAAUUUGCAGAGGGACGCCAGCUGGACGAGGUCAUGAGCAGCCGGCGCUUCCAGCUACAGCCGGGGCCUGGCUUGCUGGAGAUCCUUUGCAGCAAGCUUCUGGAUAGUGAGGCACAUGCCAUCAAGCAGGAGCACAUUCGCAGGUCUCGCGGUGUUAGGCACGAUAUCAUCCAUCACCGCGACGUUGAAGGACUUAGGCCCCUGCACUUUGCGGCCUCGGAGGGCAACUACCGAGCAGUUCAGGUUCUCUUAACCCACGGCGCAGAGCUCGAGGCGAAGGCGGCGUUAGGUGAUGCCAAAUCUCCGGUGCAAGUCACAGCCUUCGACCUGGCCAAGGACGAUACCACUCGGCGGGCUCUUGCUAGAGGCAAGAACAAAGGCAAGGAGAAGCCAACCAUGGCCGCGGAGAUGCAGUGCCAGCACGUGAAUGAGCAUCACGCCCAGGAUAUGGAGGAUCUUGCCUUCGGCGUAGCCUGCGUGGAAGCGUCAGGCUGCAUGGGACAGUGCUCCAAGGGGCCCAAUGGCAUGUACUCAGAAAAAUCUGGUGCGAAGGGCAGGAUCACCAACAAGCUCAAUAAGUAUAGCAAACUCACUGACAUGCUCAACGACGUCAUUCAAGGCUACAGCCUGAACGACUUGCAGAGCCGGGUGCAUAGGGUGAAGUUUGCGAUUCGGCGUGAAGAUAACGCUGAAGUGCGGCAGCAGGCAAUCGAAGAGACAUUGACGUCCUUCGACGAGUCCCAGCGGAAGACGCACCCUGAGCUUGUGGCCCAGAUGCUUUGCCUUCGCUCUCGGGAGAAGCUGAAGGCGGACCCGCCAGGUGCCUUCGCGGAUCUUAGAGAAGCCUUGACGCUGCACCCGGACUGGCCGUGGGCAUUUGUAACCCUAGCGCAGGUCCUCGACUCCUUGCAUAUGCCCAGAGGAGCGCUGGCCUCAAUGCAGAAGGCCAUUGAAAUCGGGACCGGGGUUGACAAGCAGGCCCUUUCGAGGGGAAUUGUGCGGCUAGAACGCAAAGCUGCGGAUUCCAAAGGUCCAGAUGUGCCGCCUCCAGGCAUCGAGAUGGACAUUAAGUACGUCGCAGACAAGGCCUUGGCCGACACGGAGAGCGGCAAAAAGGACAAGAAAGAGAAGAAGGAGGAGGACAAGACAGCAACAAAUGACCUUUGGCAAGCAGUGAGUUGCGCGCUUUGA